GCGUAUAGCUGCAACUUUCACCUAACAUAUACACGUCAAUAUCUUCGGUAGCAGAAACAUUGGUAUUGCACAUGCGUGCGUGUGGUUACGGUAGGCGGAGACUGUCUGAUGAAACACAUUGUCAAUAUUUUGUUCAAAGUUAGUGUGCAUGUAGUACAGAAAAACACAAGUCCUGGUAUUAUAUACGGGAGCAGGUACCUUUCUUUGUGUACCGCCGUAAGGAAAGAAGACGAACACGUCUGGGGAAGCCGAAAAAGGAAUAGAAAACUGAAGAUUACCUUUCCUUUAAAUACAAUGGCAGAUCCGAAAAUCGAAGAAGUUCUUGCACCUUUACGUGCAUCCGUUAAAGAACAGGGUGACCUGGUACGCGAGCUGAAGGCUUCGGGCGCCCCGGAGCUCGACGUGAAGAAGGCGGUGGCGGAGCUGAAGGUGCGCAAGAAGGUGCUGGAGGACCGCGAGCUGGCACUGUCAGCGCCGGCGGCCGGCGAGGGCGGCGCCACGUUCGACCGCGCGCGCAUGGAGGACCUGCUCAAGAGGCGCUUCUUCCUCGACCAGUCGUUCGCCAUCUACGGUGGCAUAACAGGGCAGUUUGACUUCGGGCCGAUGGGCUGUGCGCUGAAGGCGAACCUGCUGGCGGCGUGGCGCAGCUUCUUCGUGCUGGAGGAGCAGAUGCUGGAGGUGGACUGCUCCGUACUCACCCCGGAGGCCGUCCUCAAAGCUUCGGGACACGUGGACCGGUUUGCAGACCUGAUGGUGAAGGACGUGGUGAACGGCGAAUGCUUCCGGCUGGACCACCUAAUAAAGGCCCACCUCGAGAAGCUGUGCGCCGACCGCAAGACGACCCCGGAGGUGAAAGAGGAGUGCCGUGACAUAAUUGUCAAGCUCGACGGCAUGAAAAAAGAUGAAAUGGCAGCCGUCCUGAAAAAAUUCUCGAUCAAGUCGCCACUGACCGGGAACGAACUGACGGAGCCGAUAGAAUUCAACCUGAUGUUUGGCACGCAGAUAGGACCCUCUGGUCUUGUAAAGGGGUUCCUGAGGCCGGAAACUGCGCAGGGCAUCUUCGUCAACUUCAAGCGGCUGCUGGAGUUCAACCAGGGCCGCCUCCCUUUUGCCGCGGCACAGAUCGGCAACGCUUUCCGCAACGAGAUAUCUCCGCGCUCUGGGCUCAUACGUGUCAGGGAGUUCACAAUGGCAGAAAUUGAGCACUUCUGCGACCCGUCGGACAAGCGGCACCCCAAGUUCUCCGGCGUCCGUGACACGGAGCUCCUGCUCUACUCGGCCUGUGACCAGAUGGAAGGACGCUCCGCGUCUGCCUACUCCAUCGGCAGGGCCGUCGACGAGGGCCUGGUGGCGAACGAGACACUGGGCUACUUCCUGGCACGCAUUCAGCUGUUCCUGGAGCGAGUGGGCGUGGACCGCCGCCGGCUGCGGUUCCGUCAGCACAUGGCCAACGAGAUGGCCCACUACGCCCGCGACUGUUGGGACGCCGAGCUGCUCACGUCCUACGGCUGGAUCGAGUGCGUGGGCUGCGCAGACCGCUCCGCCUUCGACCUGACGCAGCACUCGAAGGCGACGGGGGUGCGAUUAGUUGCCGAGAAGAAGCUGCCGCAGCCCGUCACGGUGGAUGUCUCAGAGCCUGUACCCAACAAGGGGGCCAUUGGCAAGGCCUUCAAGAAGGAAGCGAAGGUGGUGAACGACCUGCUGGCAGCUAUGGACUCCGAGAGUGUCAAUCGGCUGGGAGAGGAACUCGAGAGUAAAGGGGAAUACGUGCUGCGUGGCGAGGGAGAUGUGGAGUUCCGGCUGACGGCAGACAUGCUGUCGGUACGGCGCGGGCAGAAGACGCUGCACGUGGAGGAGGUGACACCCAGCGUGGUCGAGCCGUCGUUCGGCGUGGGGCGCAUCAUGUACGCGCUGUUCGAGCACAGCUUCCGCACGCGGCCCGGCGACGAGCAGCGGACGUAUUUCUCGUUGCCGCCCGUCGUCGCCCCACUCAAAUGCUCGGUGCUGCCGCUCAGUGGCAAUGCGGAGUUCCAGCCGUUCGUACAGCAGCUGUCUCGCGAGUUGACGCGGCUGGACAUUUCGCACAAGGUGGACGACUCGAGCGGGUCGAUCGGACGGCGCUACGCCCGGACUGACGAGGUGGCCAUCCCGUUUGGCGUGACAGUCGACUUCGACACGCUGAAGGAGCCCCACUCGGCUACCCUCCGUGAGCGGGACUCCAUGGGACAGGUCCGCGUGCCGCUGGACGAGAUUCCCCCUGUGGUGAGGGAUCUGUCCCAGGGGAAGCUGACGUGGGCGGACGUGGAGGCACGGUACCCCAAGUUCGAGCAGCAGGAGGCGACGCGCACGUCGUGACCGGAGCGGCUCGGGGUUCUCCGCGCUGUAGCUGUGCAUUCCUGUGGCAAUUCUUCUCUUGUACUCGGCAGCUGAACUGUAGGGAACUGGUCUCUAGGUGGGCACACGUCAGAGGAAGCAGCUAGAGUGCCGCAGAGGUGCCCGCCCCCGGAAGGUGCGUUGUCGAGUGCCUCUUCUUUCUAAGUUCUCAGUCUUUUGAAUGCUAAGAUGCAGUCUGCUGCCCUCUCUAUUUUCUGAGUCAAUCUCUUACCGUGUGACUAUCUUUGUACAGUCCUGCAAUAUCCCUUCUGCCCCACCCCUCCUCCUUUCACACCGUGCUCCCUCUUAACUAGAGUCGGCUACCUCGACGCGUGGCCUGGUAAUCGUAAUCUCUUUCUCUAAAGAUUUCGCACUGUUCGACGAUACUCAUUUUUAUGCUCGAGUCUCCUUCAGAACUUAAGUCAUGUUUUCUUCUUCGGCUGGUGAGCUGCUCUGCUCGUAGUGCCUGUAGGCUACUGCAACUUUUUUCAAAAACAUUUCUGCUGCCAUAUUAUUUGUUGGGAAAUCCUUGCAAUUCCUAUCUGUUAAUGUGUUCGUGUACUCUUUGAAACAUCCACGAGCACAAUUUCUCUCGUCAAGCUCUAAGCAAUCACAGAAACUCAACUCUGCUAGAUGUGAAGACAUAUUGCGUUACUUUCUCAUUUCUACUGUUUUCAAUCAUUUGUGC